AUGGUGGUGAGGAUGAGGAUAAUGUUGUUAUUAAUGGAAGCUGCUUCCCCUGUAGGCCUGUAUCGCUGGUUUCUCCAUUUCCACGGGAGCUGCAUCCAGGCUCAUCUCUGGCUACGACAGCUACGGUAACACCUGCGGUCAGAAGAACAGCAAGAUCGAGGGGGUCGAACUCAGUGGCCGGGAUCAGACCGACAACAAGUAAGUCGCGUUAGAAGUGUGGAACAUCUCGAGAUGGAUGCUUACCAAUUGUUAGCCUAUCAUGUAAUAAUGUUUUGGUUGUGAUGUCCACUCCCAUGACAAUGUAGGCUCAGCAGGUUUUGACUCCUCUCUCCUAGCUUGGUUAAACCAGACAAAACGCGAACUUCACCAUUGUUCAGUUUGAUUUUAACCAGGCUAGAUCUCUCCCUCUUCCUCCCCACAAUCGACAAGCCUUUGUUGUGGUAGUUUAACACACACCAUUUAACGUUACCUGUGCACAAACACAGAUUUCAUCAUUUGGUAAUCCAGUUUGCCACUUAUACCCUCUUGCUCAUAUGAUGCAAGGCCUGGUAAAGCCUGGAUGCUCAUUUGUUUUGUUGAUGGGUUAACCAGUGAGAUCAGUGGGUUACAGAGGAUUAUAAACUGUGUGGUUCGAACCCUGAAUGCUGAUUGGCUGACAGCUGUGGUAUAUCAGACCGUAUACCACGGGUAUUACAAAACGUUUAUUUUUACUGCUCUAAUUACGUUGGUAACCAGUUUAUAAUAGCAAUAAGGCACCUCAGGGGUUUGUGGUAUAUGGCCAAUAUACCACAGCUAAGGGCUGUAUCCAAGCACUCUGCGUUGCGUCGUGCAUAAGAACAGCCCUUAGCCGUUGUAUAUUGGCCAUAUACCACACCCCCUCGUGCCUUAUUGCUUAAUUAGCUUGCCAGCACAGGGCAUUACUGUAAACACUUUACUCUAAAUCUUACUAAAUUCACUUCGUUACCUGUGGUCAGAAAAGGUAACAUAAGACAGAUGUGGGUCUGAAAUGGCAUCCUAUUCUCUAUAUAGUGCACUCUUUUUGACCAGAGCUGGGGUCAAUAGUAGUGCACUAGGGCAUAGGGUGCCAUUUCACAUACACCCUGAGUGCUGCAAUGUUUUGCAUUAAUUCACGUCCAUGUUAUUUUUUUGGAAGAUAUUCUAAUAAAUGUUUGACAUGAUUCAUCUUUUGUUGUGCUGCUCAUCCAGUAAGUUUCCAUUCUAGCUGUCUCUAGGAACAGUUUCAAUGAGACAAUGGGCUUUGUUUCUUAAGCUGGGCUGGUUGCCCAGUGACGUUUUGACUGAGUGUCAGCAGGGGCGUUUUGGCUACAGAGAUUUGACUGUUUAAUAAGCUGUAUCCCACAUCACAUUUUACACAACCUACGUUAACGAGUCUACUAUGAAAAUAUGUUUAGGAAAAUAUGGCAUUUAUUGUAUUGCAAGAUGGAACAGUACAAUUUGCAACAUUCAAGGACGUUACUCAAAUGUUGUGCAGAUGUUUAGUUCUGUCUUACUUGACUUGGGCCCUUGGCUUCCUUCAAGGAGCAUGUGCCAUUGACAAAUACACUCCAUCUCACUCUUUUCAGGACGUUUUUCUCCUUCACUCCAUCCUUAUUGAAGUCCUGUUCUUUGACCUUUUCCAGGUAUGUCUUCUUCUUGGACCCCUGCAACAUUGACAUUCUGAACAGGAAGAUCAAGUCUAUGGCACUCUGUGUGUCCAGGUGUCCAGACAUAGAGCUGAAGACGUACACUGAGGUCAAAAAGUUUGCACUGCAAAAUGGUGAGAGUUCUUCCUGCUCUGAUCCGUACUGUAUGCAUGUAUUCCCACAUCCCACAUAUUCAUGGUAAUAUACGCAGAUUUGAAGAAGUCAACAGUGUGAAAAUGAAUUGCACUAAGUUUAUUUCCUAUUUCUCCUCUUUACAUAGGGUCGGAGCUCUGCUCAUACGACAUUCCAGUCUCCAAGUAUGCAAGCCACGGAGAGAGAUCCAAAAAGUGCCCCAAACUCCCUGUGCCAGCAAGGUACAGUACUGUUUUACCAGUGUCAAGUCAACAGCGAGUAAAUAUAACGACAUUAGCGAGACAAUGCUGGUGAUACCAUUUUCCCCCAUCCUCACCCCUUGUGCAGUAAGUCUCUCCCGGUGUUCCACCGCUGCACUCCCGUGGACAUCUCCUGCUAUGCCCAGUUUGCUGAGGCCUUCGUCACCUUUGUCAGCGACAACAGCAUGUUGCACAGGGUCAUCGCCGGGGUGAUGGCUAGCAAGGAGAUCAUCAUGGGCCUCUGCGUGCUGGCUCUAGGUACAUCCUAAAGUUGUAUUUUAUGUUCUAGCUGUCUGUAUAGCCUCCUAAAGCAUUAUAGUGGAUAUCCUAAAUAACUUCUCUCGCUCUCUGUAUACUGCUUGAUUUGAUUGUGCCUCAGAGGCCUCUGCUCUCCCCCUAGAAAGUUUUGUUUCCUGAGACAGGGUCAGGAAAUGAUAACAGGAAAUGUCUCCUGGAGAGCUGACGGCUCUACGCUUGCUUUUUAAAAGUAGAAACAUUUAGGAGCACACAAAGAAAUUUAGGGGCACAAUGGAAAUUAUUUGAGAUAACAAGCCGUUUUCUUUGUAGCAAUAGUGCAAGCAUGACAGUGUAUUAUCCAUGGCACUCGGGCUGCAUUACAGUGAAGUAGCCUAAUCAGUGCAACAAUUAUCAUCUGGGUGAUUUUCAUUCUAGGCGCACCGGUGCUCCUAAAUAAAAAUUCCAGGUCGCACAGCAAAAUAUUUAAGCGCAUAUGCGAGUAAAAAGGUCGCACUCUAGAGCACUGGCAUCCAAAAGAAGUAGUCCUCCCUUUAAAUUGACAUGACACAUCACACAAUGACGCCUUAUGUUUCAAUAAAUAAAGCAGCAAGAAUCAUAGCGUUAUACAAUAAUAAGGCCUUUUUUGUUACGACAAUAGCAUUGUUUCAUCUCUUUUAUAUCUAUCCCCCUCUGUCUGUAGUCCUCUCCAUAAUCCUGAUGGUGGUGAUUCGCUACAUCUCUGUCGUGCUGGUCUGGAUACUCACCGCCCUCGUGGUUCUGGGCUCUUUAGGUAAGCUUCCCUCUUACCGACGUCGCAGUAAUGUAAUGAAAGAGACGUCUUUACUAGUAAUGGGCAUUCCGAGUCUUUUCGGUGAGCCGUUCAUUUGGCUCCCAAACGUCUCUUCUUUCAUUCUGUAGUGCUUAAAAAUGUAUGAGAAACCAUGUAUUAUAGCACAUUUCAAUUGUAAAGCCUGAAAGGUCGCCUACCAUUAUGUCAGAUUGUGAAAUGUGAGUUCAAAUACAUUUUACCUCACGAAAUUAGAUUUCUUGCAAAAACACACUGCAAAAUUUUGCAUGGACCAGAAUGAGGCUCUCUCCUCACUAUCUAUUGUUUUUAUAACUUAUCUCCAGAUAAUGUUUUUAUAAUUUAUCUGCAGAUAAUCGUUGUCGGGAGCUCAAAAAGCAGUAGUAGCAGUAUGCAAAUCAGGGAACCAAAUGAACAGCUCUUUCAAAGAUGCGAUUCAAUUUCCGACGUUCAAAAAGAGACGUUCGUUCUCAAAGCCAUACUGUAUGCAUAGAUUCGUGGGUAAUGUACUAGUCUAGUCAUGUACUAAUCUUUACCUGGUUCUUAUCUGAUGUUCAUCCAGAAACCAGUGUACAACCAGAAAAUGACAUUUUACCCAGUAUUAGGCUGAACCCAGUAGUAGCUUGAUGGCUUCGUCCUUGUGUUUUCAGGGGGGACGGGGGUUCUGUGGUGGCUCUACGUGGACCACAGGACGAAUCUGACCGACCAGACUGCUAACACCCCAACACCCCAACAGCAAGUGGCCACAGACAACGUCCAGGCUCUGCUGGUCUAUGCCAUCAUUGCCACUGUCUUCACGGUACGUGUGUGUGCAUGUGUUCUUCCUUUGCAAUGUGUUGUGAUUUCUCUGUUUUAUAUGGGUAAGGUGUGUUGUGAGGGUUCAUACUGUACUGUGUUUUCAAGUAUUUGCUCUUCAAGACCAGAUUUGUUUCAGCAACAAGAAAAAGCCAAAUGUUGACAGAGGCAAGUAAGCUUUAAGGCUGGAAAACUGUAAAAGCUGACGAACGCUUUUGCAAAAAUGUGUGUCAUGAUUCUGCAACUAUAAAAGCCUUACAGUUUCGUCUGCAACACUGACAGAAAUGACCUGACCCACAUUGACAUUUAGCAGACACUCUUACAGAUUUUUCACCUAGUCGGCUCGGCGAUAUUGAACCAGCGACCUUUCGGUUACUGGCCCAACGCUCUUAAUCGCGAGGCUACCUGCUGCCCCAACAUUCCAACUCAGUGUUUUCCACAAGUACCUGGAAUAGCCAGACAAAUAGAAAAAGUAGCCAUACAGGCCCCCUCGGGGUGGCCUCUGGUACAUUCUAAUGCCCUGAUUCCAUCUGAAAUACACAGCAAAAUUAUUGAAUAAUUUAUCAAAUUUAACUUCCAGAUUUGUUGUGGUAUUGUGUGUAGGCGGACGUGACUUUACAAUUAAAAUUACAGAAAAUGUAUGAAUUCAGUGUAUUGUUAGUUGUUUUGGAUAUUGCCUAGGCUUAUAUGAUCAGGACAAUUUUUAAAGUAAAAUACCCUUAAACAUGUAUUUUUUCUCUUGAGAUUAAAGUCUUAUUUACAGUUUUACUGCAAGAUAUGAAUUGCCACAAUGUUUGUUCUUCAAAUUAUGUAUUAUAUUAAAACAGAAAUUAUUUAAAUAGCCCAAUGCUCACAUUAUCUUGAAAAAUUAAUAAAAAGUGGCUGCUACACUGUAUAUGAAAUGAAUGUGCCAGAAAACAAUAAUAAGGCAAAGUAGAUUUUGACUCAUCGUUACCACUUAGGCUACAUUACCUGGGACGUGCAAAUCUACGCUGACAUGUUUUACAAGGAGCACACAAAGAAAUUUAGGAAGUUCAUGAAUAAAAUGUUUUUGGGGUGUUCCAUGCUCAAUAAAGUACAAUCAAUGUACCCUCUAUCAAAUCAAAUUUUAGUUGUCACAUGCGCCGAAUACAACAGGUGGAUACCUUACCGUGAAAUGCUUACUUACAAGCCCUUACCCAACAAUGCAGUUUUAAGAAAAUAGAGUUAAGAAAAUAUCAAAUAAAUAAACUAAAGUUAAAAAUUAAAAAGUAAAAAAACCACACACAAUAAAAUAAUGAGGGUAUAUACAGCGGGUACCGGUACUUGGGUGAGACGAACAUUUUCAGCUGCCCCUUUAGGACAGGCCUUUACCGUGGUAAUGGUGGGAUUCACAUGUCUGUUUGUCUGAGAGAUGAGAUUCUCCGACAUCCUUUUGCUAGUAGCAGUUGAUCAAACUUAAACUAACAACCUAGUGUGUGAACAAAAUGAUGUAAAUAGCCAAAAAACACGAGGACAUAGUCACACUAGUAGACUUUAGGGCAAAUUCUACCAACUUCUAUGCCUGUGCCCUUCUAAAAAUGUAUCUUCCAGAACUUCACUCAUUGACUUUUUCCACAUUUUGUUACGUUACAGCAUUAUUCUAAAAUAGAUUUUUUUUUUAUCCUCAGCAAUCUACACACAAUACCCCAUAAUGACAAAGCGAAAAUGGGUUAUUAGAAAUUUUUGCAAAUAAAUAAUAAACAGAAAUACCUUAUUUACAUAAGUAUUCAGACCCUUUGCUAUAAGACUCGAAAUUGAGCUCAGGAGCAUCCUGUUUCCAUUGAUCAUCCUUGAGAUGUUUCUCCAACUUGAUUGGAGUCCACCUGUGGUAAAUUCAAUUGAUUGGACAUGAUUUGGAAAGGCACACACCUGUUUAUAUAAGGUCCCACAGUUGACAGUGUAUGUCAGAGCAAAAACCAAGCCAUGAGGUCGAAGGAAUUGUCCGUAGAGCUCCGAGACAGGAUUGUGUAGAGGCACAGAUAUGGGGAAGGUCCCCGAGAACGCAGUGGCCUCCAUCAUUCUUAAAUGGAAGAAGUUUGGAACCACCAAGACUCUUCCUAGAGCUGGCCGCCCGGCCGAACUGAGUAAUCGGGGGAGAAGGGCCUUGGUCAGGGAGGUGACCAAGAACCCAAAGGUCACUCUGACAGAGCUCCAGUGUUCCUCUGUGGAGAUGGGAGAACCUUCCAGAAGGACAACCAUCUCUGCAGCACUCCACCAAUCAGGCCUUUAUGGUAGAGUGGCCAGACGGAAGAAACUCCUCAGUAAAAGGCACAUGACAGCCCGCUUGGAGUUUGCCAAAAGGCACCUAAAGACUCUCAGACCAUGAGAAACAAGAUUCUCUGGUCUGAUGAAACCAAGAUUGAACUCUUUGGCCUGAAUACCAAGCGUCACGUCUGGAGGAAACCUGGCACCAUCCCUACUGUGAAGCAUGUGGUGGCAGCAUCAUGCUGUGGGGAUGUUUUUCAGCGGCAGGGACUGGGAGACUAGUCAGGGUCGAGGGAAAGAUGAACGGCGCAAAGUACAGAGAGAUCCUUGAUGAAAACCUGCUCCAGAGCGCUCAGGAUCUCAGACUGGGGUGAAGGUUCACCUUCCAACAGGACAACAACCCUAACCACACAGCCAAGACAACGCAGGAGUGGCAUCGGUACAAGUCUCUGAAUGUCCUUGAGUGGCCCAGCCAGAGCCCGGACUUGAACCCUAUCAAACAUCUCUGGAGAGACCUGAAAAUAGCUGUGCAGCGACGCUCAACAUCCAACCUGACAGAGCUUGAGAGGAUCUGCAGAGAAGAAUGGAAGAAACUCCCCAAAUACAGGUGUGCCAAACUUGUAGCAUCAUACUCAAGAAGACUUCGAGGCUGUAAUCACUGCCAAAGGUGCUUCAACAAAUACUGCGUAAAGGGUCUGAAUACUUAUGUAAAUGUGAUAUUUCCGUUUAAAAAUAAAUAAAUAUUCUAAACCUGUUUUUGCUUUGUUAUUAUGGGGUAAUGUGUGUAGAUUGAUGAGGAAAGAAAACGAUUUAAUCAAUUUUAGAACAAGGCUGUAACCUUGCACGGUAGAGCCCUGAAAUGAACUCACAGAGACCAUAAAGAAGCAUCAUGCUCUUUAAUGAAACAAACACAGCGCACACAAAUCAUACUUACCACAGGUACUGGGAGGCGGGACAGACCGCAGACUGUCACAGAAAGCGGAUGUUUCUGUUUUUCAGGGAUACAGUAUUUAACAUAACUUCCGUUUUCCUGGAAAAAUGAAAGUGGGACCUCUGCUCAGGCGUAUUUUUGCGACGUUAAGUUAAACCAGCGGUGUUUCCCUGUCAUUGCUCGCUUUGUGAAAAGAUGCAUAUCGUUCAUUCUAGCGGGAGAGGGCUCAGCUAGCUUUUUUUCUGACUAUCAAAUUGAAAGUAGCCUAGUUAAAAUAAGUGUAAAAAGUAGCCAGCUGAAAAUGAGAUGGAAUCUGCUGUUUAGCCGACAGUCGGCACUAGUGGAAAACACUGCAUUCCCACCAUUCCUACAUACUCAUAUCUUCAUUUGAUAAUUAGCACUGAAUAAAUGUAUUCACAUCCCUAUCCUGUAACUGAUACCCAGCAAAUAUACAUCAUAUCCUAUAUCCCAUUUUCAGGUGAUCCUGCUGCUGCUACUGUUCUUCAUGAGGAAGCGCGUGGCGCUGACCAUCACCCUGUUCCACGUGGCAGGCAAGGUGUUCACUCACCUGCCCCUGCUGGCCCUGCAGCCCUUCUGGACCUUCCUCAGCCUCAUGCUCUUCUGGGUGUCCUGGCUCGGUGUGCUCCUCUUCCUCGGAACCACAGGUCAGAAUAGAAUACAACUUUGUCACAUUGUGAAACAGACAUUUUUGUUAAUGUCUUUAUUUUCCCCUUUCAUCGAGAUAUUUACGUCUAA